CUUGACUGCUUGAAUAGGAUCAGCUUGGCUUUGCUCUGGUUUACACAUUUCCUCCUUCAUCUCCUCGUCUCUCCGUUGCCUGUACUUCUUCCUGCUUGCUGUUCAUUUUCGGUAGCAUUACUUCCCGAUCACCACGUGGAUUUCUUGUCUGUGGGAAUGCUGUAACAGUAUGCAUUGGCUUCGAAAAGCCAGCCGGUUAUCGCCGGGAAAAAGAUAAUUUUUGUGGGCAGUCCUGUCACAGUAGGAGUGAACUCAAGUGCAGAGCCAGAAGCCAGGACUUCAAAGUACGGCCCUGGACGAAGCUUGCACAGUUGCAGCACUCCCCGAGUUCACUGACACCUGUUUGUGUAUACGCGUUGUCAUUGAUACUUCUUCUCCUCGGGACGCACUGCGUGUGCGACGCCUGGGGUCAGUGUUGAAACAUCGUCUCUCCAUCGCCACCUCUCGCUCUCAGUGAGAAAGAUGGAGGCGAAUGAAUUGGAAUCCAUGAAGGAGUCGGUCAAAGCCGAGAUUCGCAAGGAGAUGAAAAUCAAGGACGGUGCUGAGCGGCUGAUAAAGGCCGCUAAAACCGUCAAAUACAAGCAGAAACGAGAAGCUGCGUCGGCUCUCAAGCUAUGUGAAACGCGAAUUUCGUCCCUUCAAGAUCAAUUGCAGGCUCUAAAUUCUCAAGUUGCGGAUCACAGGGUGGCGCGUGCUGUAUCUUCUUCAUCGGUUCACUCUUCGGGUAGCAAGCGAAACACCAUUCCCGCUCUGACCCUUGGGGACGAGGCAUCGCCUGACAAUGUGGAGGUCGAUGUCAAAACCGCUUGCCAUGAUUUGAAUGUGCAGAAAGGUGAUCCAAAGGAGCAGGAGCCGCUAAGUGUUGCCUCUAAAAACGACGUCGUCUUUACUCGCCAUGAGAACUCGGAUACCAACGGUGACUGUGCAGCAGAUUUGCCAGAUGGAGAACCUUCCUCUAAGCCCCAGAGUGUGAACUUUGACGGAAUGAAUAACGAGGCAGACGAGGCCGCCGACCGAAUGAUGUUGCUGGAAAAGCAGCUGGCGGUCGAGAUUCGCGUCAAGGACGGUGCAGAGAACCUGCUCCGCUCGGCGUCCGACUCGAAGUCUCGGCGAGAAGCUAAUGCGAUCCUGGAGGUAACACGGCAAAAACAAGAGGUCAUUCGCAUGAAGAUUCUCCAAACGAAGAUGAAGCAAUGCAAUGGGUCUAACGGAGGCGCCAGUCUGGAAAGUGACUACAUGUCCUCACCGCAGCUUUUCCAAGAUUUCCUAUCUUACAGAGUGGAUGUGGAAGAGCGGACCAUCGCUGGCUGUGAGAACAUGCUGAAGCUGGAGACGAAUAAGAAACGACAACAGGAGACGCAAUGCCAGUUAGCUGGUGCCAAGGCAAAACUCUUCCUGCUAAAGACAGCACUACGGGAUUAUGAGGAUGAAGAUGACAUGACGGACAAAGAGGAAGGAUCGCGGAAGAACAGCAUCAGCGAAGAGCAAAAGCCUGUGACCGUCUCCCGGGUUCAGCUCUCCAAACCGGCCGCAGUGACGGGAACAGUUGUGUUAACAUUGUCCGGAGUAACCGAUGUCACAGUUGAUCAUAUAUCAGUCGGGGCAACGACCGCGGGGGCUGUCACUCCCUCGUCGUCCUCGGCUCUCGGUCUGAACUUGCGCUCUGCGAAACCACCGCCGUCUUCUGAUUGUGUAAUGGCCGUAUUAGUAGCUGGCAACACUGCUAUCGACCACACAGCGUGGAAGUUCGCCGAGCGGGAUUGCUGGCAGCAGACAUUCACCGUCUCCGUAGAAAAGCUACGAGAAAUCGAAGUACUCCUACUCGCUGGUGAUGUGUCACAUCUCGUCGGUCUCGUCUACAUCAAGAUCAGCGAAUACAUCGACAUGGUACAGCGGACACAGACGCUGAAAGUAAUACCUCACGGCACGCUACACUGCACGAUCCAGUACUCGGCACCAGAGACAAGCGGAAAGCGAGUCAAGUUAAGGAGACAGCAGCGCGUUGCAAAGCGGGCAACGAAGACUCUGGAACGUCUACUUAACGGUCAGGGUGGGUCCAGCAACAGUCCGCGCCUGUCCAAGGCCAUAUCGUCCAAGACCACAGCGCCGGCAUCGCCCGCCUCCAAGAAGCGCACGUCGCUGCAGAAGCUGCGCGCCGCUCGCGACAAGACAGGCAGCUUGCUCUCGCUCGGCUCGGAAGGUCAGGCGUCGUCGACAUCGACGUCACGCUCUGCACCGUCCACGCCGACGGCUGAGCGGCGUCGCUCGUCAACAACCGCUGGCGUGGUGUCGGAGGACUCGACGGGUCAGCUCAACGAUAUGAAGUCGUCAGAUUCUAUCAAAUCUUGGAGUGAAAGUGAGGAUACCGAAGAGCACCAUAGCCAACAUUCCGCUGAGAGUAGCGACGUCAGUGAUGACGAAGACGAUGAAGUAGCGUUCAGAGACCCACCGGUCGCAUCACCACCUCCAUCGUCAGCCGACAUUGUGGAACUGCCUGCAUCUGUGGGAACAGUGACCAGCAGCUACGUCGAAGAUGACCAGACACCUCCGCCUGUGCAAAGUGAGCCGCUGACACCGCGUCCUGGUACCAGCUCAUCCGACCUAGCACCGCUCUCGGACGAGGGUGUCUCAGAAUCGUUUGCCUCGGAGAUGCUCGAAGUCGUUCGCCAUGCCAGCCAGCGACUGGCCGGCGAUCGGGCUGCAGCAGCUACAGGCGAGGACGAAAAGCAUGUGCCGGUUCGACUGCGCCCUCGCAUGUACAAUGACAGUGAUGACGACGAUGAGCGAGGCAAGUUGGAAAUCAUCGAUCUGCCACCGCUAGGCUCAACGGACAGCAGGGAGGAAACUGAAGUCAGCACAGCCGGUGACAAUGCAUCCAACUCCGAUGCGGAAGCGUCCGGUAGUGAUGACCUGGCUACAUCUGAUAUACGUGGUGUCGAUGUCGCUGCCAUGUUCAGUAGUAGCCUGUUCUCCGGUGGCUUUGGUGCAGGUGAUGGUGAGGACGACGACUCGGUGCCUUCCUACUUCAACAUACAGGAGGCAGUAGCAACGUCGCUGAGCACAACGAUAGCGGAAAAAGAAUGUUCACGGACAGAAGAGCUUGUCAGUUCGGAUACGCUCUGCGGCCCCAUGUCCUGUCUAAACGACUUCAAGUUUGUCUCCGUGCUCGGACGUGGGCACUUCGGAAAGGUCAUGUUGGCGUGGACGAAGCAACACGGAGAGAUCGUUGCCAUCAAAGCCAUGAAGAAGGGAGAAAUUGUGGCUCGAGAAGAGUUCGACAGCUUAAUGUCUGAGCGGAGAAUUUUCGAGAUCAUCAACGAAGUCCAGCAUCCGUUCUUGGUCAAUCUGUAUUCGUGCUUCCAGACCGAGAUGCAUGUAUGCUUCGUAAUGGAGUACGUGUGCGGUGGCGAUCUGAUGAUGCAUAUCCACGAAGAUGUCUUUGGUGAAACUCGGUCCUGCUUUUACGCAGCAUGUGUAGUGCUUGGUUUGGACUAUCUACAUUCAAAGGGUGUAGUAUAUCGUGACCUGAAGCUUGAUAACUUAUUGAUGGACGGCGAUGGCUACAUCAAGAUAACGGAUUUCGGCCUAUCGAAGGAGGGCAUGUUCUAUGGUGACCGCACCAGCACGUUCUGCGGCACGCCCGAGUUCCUGGCGCCGGAAGUGCUCACCGACACGUCGUACACGCGAGCAGUGGACUGGUGGGGCCUCGGUGUACUCAUCUUUGAGAUGAUGGUGGGAGAGUCACCGUUCCCAGGCGAUGACGAAGAGGAUGUUUUCGAUGCCAUUGUGAACGACGAUGUCCGCUAUCCCAGAUACUUGUCAGCAGAGUCUACCUCUAUCAUGCGGCGAUUGAUGCGGCGCAAUGCGGAGAAGCGACUCGGCGCGAGUGAGAACGACGCGGCCGACGUGAAGCGACAUCCGUUCUUCAGGAGUAUUGACUGGGAGGCCUUGCUGCAGCGCAACAUCAGCCCGCCAGUCAAACCGACAAUCGCAAGUCCCGAGGACGUCAGCAACUUUGAUCCGGAGUUCACGUCAGAGAAACCGGAGCUGACGCCGCCCGAGGAGGAGUGUCCGUUGUCUGAGAAUGACCAGGUGAUGUUCUCCGAGUUUGACUACAACCCGGGCACAAGGAUUUAAAAACAACAACCGCCCUAUUCCUAGUGUAUCGUAAUGUGUGUACCACUGUUGUCAACAGAAGUCACGCUGUUCGUGUGCGGAAUGACCCCCGGUGCUCAGCGAGGCUCUGGCCGUCAUUGUUGCCUAUCAUAGCUUAGAGCUCGCAUUUCCGCAUUCGAUAAGCACCGACUACGUGGUGAACACGAGCGUCCUCAACUGAACUGCCGCUGCAGCCGGUUGACUCGAGUCGAGGUGAUGUCUUCAAACGCGUUGUUGACCAUCCUCUUCUGCGGGCACAUUGAUAUUUCUGUUACGUCGCGUGUACCCCUUUCCUGGCACGGACACUAACUCUGCUGGCUUGAUGCCGCGCCGUCAGUUUCUUUCGCCGUGUCUGCUCCAUACUCUCACAUGCCCAGCGGCGACGUGUGGUUGUGUGGCUGUUGACGAGGGGAGCACUUUCUUUCCUGUGCGCUGCUGCUGCUGCCUUUGCCGAGGACCUAGCUAUAUUUCAUACUAUUUUCUUAGAUACAGAGCCUGCAGUGAGGCCAAUCCUGUGCCAUCGUAUAGUACUCUAUUUCCGUGUGUCUGUCGUGUAGAAAGUGUGGUAGUCUUGUUAGCUUCUAACACGUACGUUCCUUGUCUCUACCCGCCGCGUCCUCUCCUCCGCUCACCUCUGCACAUCUGUCACUGCUGAUUAUUUGAGACUUAACGCUAUGCUCAUUUCUUAGGUUUUGUUUCCGUUCCGCCGGUGGUCUCUCUGGCCUUCAUUCAGAUCGGUCCACUAUAGAUCGUUUCGUCAACUCGCUGUGCGUGUACUUUCCUUUCCGAUGCGUGCGUGUGAUCUACUUUCCCGCCGCCAUCGUUAUCCCUUGAUCCUUCCUCGUUUGUAUGUGUGCCGCCUUGUGGCGCUGUGACCGUUCUCUUCCGCCGUCACCCUGCUUUGAUUUUUACCAGCUCUUAGUCAUUUCCGCUCAUCUUCAUAAUUACACCGUCACGUGCACACACACAAGAGCGCCCGCUCGCGCUCACACACAUGUCCACACACGCUUCACUUACGCACACACCAUACGCACGCAUACAUAACCGCUCGAAACGCAUAAACGCUUAUAAUGCUGAAAUGGACGUGCGUGCCACUGAAUGAGAAACGGUAUCAUCUAGUUUGUACUUGUAAGUAAAUCCGGUUUCAUGUCCGAGUUGCGCCGAACUUUCCUCGGGCCCGAACAACGUCGUCUUUUGUGUUUGGUACUAAUUCUACUCCGUGUGCUCAACUCUCGAUUCCUCCCUCUCUGGAGUUUGAUAAAUCUUGUUUGGUACCAUAAUAAUUUUAUUUUCAUGUCCAUCCCCGACAACUCGUUUCUUCUCUACAAUCAUGUCAACUUGACUUUUCCGCUAUAGUCCUCUGUGUGCAACGUUCUUGCUUAUUUCCGUUGUCUGAUCUUCUCGUUGUGUCUCUCUUUCGAUGCUUUCAAUGCUUUCUUAUCUUCCGAACCUGAAACAUUCAACCCUGACUGAACAACUGAUAUUUGACGCCAAACUUCAA